GCUCAAGCUCAACCGAGGAAGGCGUAGAAGCCACAAGAAGAGGAGGAGGUAAAGUGUUGAUGUGUGGUGCUGCCAAUUCCUGAGUAUGGUGGAGCGCAGGGUGUCCGUCUCCCCAAAUAAAACCUUAGAUUAUUCCUCAAAGGAUGAAAACAAGAAAACCCAACGACCGAAAUCCAGGAUGAUCAGAAGUCCAGGGCAAGUCCUACGCAAGGUGCUGCUGUUUGUGUGCUUCAUCCAGGUGGUAGUGACUGUCUACCUUGCCUUCUGUAUCUACAACUCUGCCUUCUCCACUCUCAAAGGAAUAAAGAACCUACCAAAGCUAGAGGACAGACAACGCUACAUCCCACCCCAAAAGGAAGGCCAUCAAAAGUUGAUUUUAGAUUUUGAUAUAGGGAAGCAUGAAGCAGACAUUGUACUGGCGGAGCAGGAGAUGAGCCCCCAUGAGGGUCAGGAGGCUGUGGUGCAGCUGGGGGAUGGUGAAGGCUCUGGGAAACAGGUGAGGCUAAGGAGGCUACCUGUGGUGGAGCUGUGGAGCAAGGCAGCUAUAGGCAGCUACCUAUGGCACCACAUCCUGGAGGGCCCAGAGAGCCUGGAUGACAGCAUCCAGGGAGCCACUGUGGGGGAACUACAGAUGACUGCCUUCAUGCUCAGGUAUAGAUCAGGUCCUGGCAUCACCCCGGAGACUGUACCUGAAGAUGUGAGGAGCCUGGUGCUGGUGGUGAAUGGUCGCACUGAUGAGAAGGUGAAGGAGGCUCGGCUCUGGCUAGACCACCUACAGGCCCAGAAUGUACCACCAACCACCAUCCUUGUCAUGCUGGGCAAUGAGCAAUGUGACAAUGGAUGGGUGACAAGCUACCUGGCCCCUAAAGGAGUGGUGGUGGCAGUGCUGGUAACCUAUGAUGACCCACGAGUAGACCAGCACACCUUCCACCAGUGGCCUCUUGGGGUUGCUACUUACAGACAGUUUCCUCUCAUUAAGGAAGAGCAAAUUUCUCCUGAAGCUCCAAGGAAGUAUAUGUGCAACUUGAGAGCGACAAUUUAUCCUAACAGCAGCAGGUCGGAAUUGUACAAGUUUCUGAAAAACAGCACACUUACUUCCAGUCAGUGUCAUAUAAAAGUCAGGGAAAGUUGGGUGUCAAAUGAGAGUCCUGAUGCCAUGGAUGAAUAUGUACAGACACUCCUGGACUCAGACCUCACACUGUGCCCAGCUGGGAUGAACACAGAAACUUACAGGGUGUAUGAGGCAUUGGGAACAGGCAGCACUCCAGUGAUUGAGGCUGUGGUGACAAAUGGACACUGUGCGGCCAGUCCCUGGAGGCUGCUGAAGAGGCAUGACCCACCUGUCAUCUGGGUCAAGUCAUGGGAUAACCUAGGAAAAGUCCUUGCCAAAGAACGCAGAUACAGCAAGCAGUACAAAGCGCUGCGACGGCUGCGUGUGUUCCAGUGGUAUGAGUGGUUCAAGCUCAGAAUGAGAGACAGUUUUGUUUCCAUUGUCACAACAUCCCUCCUCCAGCCUGGCUAAUGUCAAUCAAGUCAAAGAGGCGUGGUAGGUAUCGCACACACUUUCCAGUUUCCAGGCACAGGGUUUUGAAAAUGGCAGUCAUGUUGGCAAGCUUUUUCCUCUGUUUUUAUCUGUGAUAAUGCACCAGCAUAACUAGUUGGUCAAGAGAUUACCUUGGUCACUGUGCUUACAGGGAACUGUAGGACAGAGAUCCACAAUCAUAUUGAAACCCCACUGCACUACUUAUGCUAAGGAACUCGCAUCUGCCUCCUCCCAAAGUUUAGAAUAGUAUAGUGUCUCUGAUAUUUGAAGGGCAGGAAAAUAUUUUUGAAUAUUCAUUUACUGGCUUUCAGUUUGAGGAGUAAUAUCAGACUGUUUUGAGCAGUUUGGUUUAUUUCUGCAUUGUUUCCUUUUAUCUAAUACAGAUGAACAUGCACAACUGCUAGGAAUAGAAAAAAGAGUUGCCAAAGAUAAGGGGCAGAACUGUAUGGUAGGUGCUUAUCUACUUGUUUACCAACAGUGGCAUCUUUUUUUUCACUUUGUAGUGUUAAGGUGUGAGGCUUAUACAGAUGAGCUUGAAACACAGAGAUGUGCUGAAUCAUUGACUCAUCACAGCUGGUGAAAUAACUCUGUAUGUCAUAUCUUUGAAUUGUUAUUGAUGGUAUUAUUCCUCAUGAAGAAAUCAGUAUUAUUUGAAUUUAUUCACCUUUGACAUGUAAGAGAUAUCCCACAGAAUCAAUUGUAAUGAUAAUAGUUAAUCUGGCUUAGAUUUUUUAUUUUUAUUUUUUAUUUAUUUUUUUAAAUGUAUUUUUUGGUGUGUGUGUGUGUGUGUGUGUGUGUGUGUGUGUGUGUGUGUAUUCACAGUAUUCACUGUAUUCACUAUACAGUCUGCUGCUGGUCUCUUUCAAGACAGCCAAUUAUGCCCCUGUGGAAAGAGCUCAGAGCUCAUACUGACCAAUCUUUGGGUUGAACCAAGGUCACACACACAACACACUGGGACAACAAAGUCACAACCCCGUGACUUACAUCCCGAACCUACUUACUGUAAGGUGAACAGGGGCUACAUGUGUAAGGAGACACACCCAAAUAAUCCCUGUCCUCCCAGGGGAUUGAACCCUGGCCCCUCGGUUGUGAGCCGAGUGCACUAACCACUACACUAGCAAACCGUGUGUGUGUGUGUGUGUGUGUGUGUGUGGGUUUACCUAGUUGUAUUGUACGGGGCACAAGCCAAACCUCAUUUUGUCCUGUCUCCAUAAUCAUAUUUAUCCAGUUUCUCUUUAAACGUGUACACUUUUUGCCACAGCUGCCUCUUCCUUCAAAUCAUUUCAGAUUUUAAUAGCUACAGGAAGCUGUAUUUCUUGAUGUUGCUCGAACAUCCACUCUUUAUUUUCUUCCCAUGCCCUCUCACCCAUCUUUCUCCUUCCAUCUGUGGUACCAAGUCAUUUCUGUCUAUUCUUUCUAUAUUGUUUACUAAUUUGUACAUUGUUAUCAGUUCUCUUUCUCUUCUCUCGUUGUGUUGGUAAUUCCAUCUCUUCAAGUCUUUCUUCAUAUCUUAAGUCUUUCAAUUCUGGUACCAUCUUUGUUGCUAUUUUCUGUAUUCUUUCAAAUUUCCAUAUAUCUUUUUUCUCUGUUGAACCCAGACUAUUGCUGCAAAUUCAGGUUUAGGUCCUAUCAUGCUUGUUAGAAUUUUUCAUCAUCAUUUCUUUAUCUAAAUAGUCAAAUGUCACCCUAAUAUUUAUUAACAAGCUGUAUGUAGAGCUGAAUAUUCCAUUUAUGUGCCUUUCAGGUGAUAGUGUGUCCUGGAUCAUUACUUCCAAAUCUUUUUCUUCAUUACUUUUCAUUAUUAUUUCUACUCCCAUUUUGUAAUUCCAUGAUGGUCUUUUUCUACUUUUUUCCUAUUUCCAACAUGUGGCAUUUUUUGGCAUUAAAUUCUAGUUUCCAUCUUUGACUCCAUGCAUGGAUCUUUUCAAUAUCCUUUUGUAACUCCUUGCAGUCAUUUUCAUUGUUUAUUAUUUUGAUUAUUUUUGCAUCAUCAGCAAAAAGGUUUAUAUAACUAUGUAGAUCCUCUGUCAUAUCAUUUACAUAUAUGUGAAACAUAAUAGGGGCCAGCAUAAAUCUUUGCAGUACCCGACUUGUCACUUCACUCCAACUUGAAAUAGUGUCUCCGAUUACAGUUCUCAUUUCCCUCCCUUGUAAAUAAUCAACCAUCCAUCUCUAUGUUGCUCUCUUUAGUUCUUCAUUCUCUAACUUCCACAUAAGACUUGUGGGGAACUUUAUCAAAUGCUUUUUUGAGAUCUAGGUAUACCACGUCAACCCAUCUGUCCCUCUCUUGCACUCCAUCUAUUACUCUCUCAUAAAAACUCGGUAGAUUUGUGACUCAGGAUCUCCCUUUCCUAAAUCCAAAUUGCUUUUCUGUAACUAUCUUUUCAUCUUCUAAAUAUUGCACCCAUCUAUCUUUAAUUACUGUUUCACAAAGCUUACUUACAAUACUUGUUAAUGACACUGCUUUGUAUUUCAAUGGUUUCAUUUUAUUUGCCCCUUUGUAUACUGGGACUAUUUUAGCUCUUUUCCAUUCCCUUGGUAUUUUUCCUUCUUUCAAUAAGCUGUUAAUUAUAUCAUAUAUGGGUUCCUCCAUUUGUUCUCUGCAUUCUUUUAAUAUCCAUCCAUUUACUUAAACUGGUCCCAUAGCUUUUCUAACAUCCAGCUCUUCCAGCAGUUUCUUGAUUUUUUUCUCUUUACUUAUAUCUCCUAUAUUCCUUCACCCUAUGAUACUACUUUUAGCAACAAAAAAUCAGUUUCCUUUGUAAACACAGAUUGAAAACUCUCAUUCUUUAGUUCAUUCAUCUCCUCAGUAGUUUCAUAAAUUCUUCAUUCUCUUUUUUAACUUGUUUAUGUCUUCCCUAUGUUUCAUUUUUCCAUUUACAUAUCUGUAGAAGAGUUUGGGCUCUUCCUUGCAUUUUCUUACCAUGUCACUUUCAAAAUUUCUUUCUUCUUCUCUUUUUAUUAUACCAUAUUCAUUUCUUGCCUUUCUGUAUUCUUCCCUAGUAUUUCUGUUCAGUUUUCUCAUAAUUUUCUUCCAUGCCCUGGCCUUUUUCUUUUUUUUUGCUUCUACACAUCUGGCAUUAUAGCAUUAAACUUGGCACAAACUGUUGCACCCCCCUCUUUAUACUUGCUCAAAAAUAUCUCAUAUUUUCUUGCACUAUUUUACCUUCAAAUAUCUCUUUCCAUUUCAUUUCUAAAUUGUUCUUUCCUGUCAGUGUUCAGACACUGUCAGAUGCCAGCUGCCAUCGUACCUGUUGAUAUCACUGACAGUGUUUACCUGUACACUACUCUCCCAUUUCACUCUUUUGGCCACUUCCCGAUUUAUGCUUCACUUCCCCUGCACUCACACAUAACACAAUUCCCUAUUAUGGAGACAGGACUCAAGCUCGGGCCCCCUGUACAGCCAAAACCUAGCUGUUUGGAUGCGUCCGAUCAGCUGAGCAACGUGGCUGUGUGUGCGUGAUUAACCCAUGGUCGUCUGCUAGUUACCCAGCCAGCCGUUCCCCUACAGAAAGAGCUCAGAGCUUAUAAUGAUCGAUCUUUGGGUAGGUCUAAGGCCACUGACGUACCACACACCGAGACAGAGAGGUCACAACCCCUCGGGUUACAUCCCGUACCUACUUGCUGCUAGAUGAACAGGGGCUACACAUUAAGAGGCUCGCCCAUUUGCCUCACAGCGCCUGGUAUUCAAACCCAGGCCUUCUUGUCUAUGAGCCGAGUGUGCUAACCACUACACUUCAUAGUGUGUGUGUGUGUGUGUGUGUGUGUGUGUGUGCGUGUGUGUAUUCUUACCAAAUUAUUCUUACUUAAUUGUAUUUUUACAGGAUUGUGUCAAGCUGGUAAUGUCCUGUCUUUUAAGGUUAAUUUGUCACAUUUAUCUUUAAAGUUAUGAAUGCUCAUCACAUGCACAACUUUGUCAGUCAAUGAAUUCUUUUGGCUGAUUGUUCUGUCAGGGAAACUAUUUCCUCAGACUGCUCUUUUUUCAGGGAAUUUGUUACUGUGUCCUCUUAGUUUUGAUUGUUAUGGUACCUUAAAUUCUGUGAUAUCAGUCUUUUCCUUCUAUACAUUUGUACAUCAUGAUCAUGUCACCUCUUUUUUGUCUCUCCUGUAGUCUUGGGAGCUUGUUUAUUAAGCCAUUCUUCAUAGCUAAGACCCUUCAAGCCUGGUAUCCAUUUUUUAGUUGCUCUUUGCACUUUCUCUCUUUUCAACUAGGUUUUUAGAUGUGGAUUCCAAACUACUACUGCUGCAUAUUUAAGUGUUGGUCUUGUAAAUGUGAUUAUUUUCAUAACCAUUUCCAUAUCUUUGUAUCUAAAUGUUACCUUCACAUUUGCCAAGAAGUGGUGCAUGCUCCUUACUUUGUCAUUUAUAUGGUCUUAUGAUGAUAGCCUGCUGUUUAUCAUUACACCUAGGUCUUUUCCUCUUCAGAUGUUUCAGUUGUGUUGUUAUCUAAUUUAUAAUUUGAAACAGUUCUCUUUGAACUUUUGUUUGAUCACAUGACAUAUUUACAUUUAAAGUGUCAUUUACAUUUAAAUCCAUUUGUCAUGUCCUAUUCCAUUCCCUUGAGAAUUUUCUGUAGUUCCUUGCAUGAGGAGUCUUCAUUAUUCAUUUUCUUUUAGAAAUUUGCAUCAUCACUAAACAUGCUCAUGUAAGUCUGUUCCAAUACUAGCAUCUAUAUCACUGACAUUGUAUAGCAAAAACAUGACCGGGACUAACACUGAUUCUUGUAGGACUCCGUCUAUUACUUUUCUCCAGUUUGAGUAUUAUCCAAUUAGUUUUGUUAUCAUUUCUCUUUUGUCCAGAAAAUCUUGUAUUUAUUCCAGUAAAUUUUCCAUGAAUACUGCCUGUGUGUUCAAAUUUCCAUAUUAAUCUAUUGUGUUGUACUCUGUUGAAUGCUUUCUUGAAAUCCAGAUAAAUACUGUCCACCCAUCUAUCUCUGUCUUGUAUAGUUUCUGCUACUCUGUUACUAUAACUUAGAAGAUUUAUUACAUAUGAUCUCCCAUUUCUAAAUUUGAAUUUUCUUUUUGUUUUCCAAGUGGUCUAUACAUUUUUUCUCAUCACUUUUUGUAUUAUUGUACAUGUUUUGCUUACAGAUCUAUAAUUCAGUGGGCACUGUGUUUUCCCUUCUUAUUCAAAGAGAAUAUAUUUGCCCUUUCUGCAUUGUUGGUACUUCAUCUUGAUUUAAGGAUUUAAAUAUUUAAAGAGAGAAUUGUUUACCUAACUCCUUUUUAUCUAGGUUUUUUAAUUCCUUUACGACUUCCUUUUUAUUUAGGUGGUUGCUUUCCUGUUUGUAUGGUGCAUUUUGUGUCCUGUCAUCUAUCAGAAAUAGCAUUUCCCUCACAAAUGCAGAUUGGAGGCUUCUGUUUAAAACUUCACCUAUUUAUUCUUUUACGUAGUUCAUGUCUUCAUCAGCUGUAAUUUGUAUCUUAUCCUUGACUUUGCUUUUGCUUUUUAUGUUGCUGUAGAAGAGUUUUAGGUGGUCAAUGCUCUUUUCAAUAAUGCCUUUUGAUAUAAAUUUUUUGGGCUUUUCUGAUUCUAGAGUAUAAGUUUCUUCCCUGUUUGUUGUCACUUUUUUGUCUUACAGUUCUUUAAUUUUUUUUAAUAUAUCAGCAUAAAAUGCUCUGAUGUCAUCUUUUACUGUGUUUACUUCCAUUACAGUGUCCAUAUUAAGUACCUCACUUCUCCUUUUUGUUAUCUGCUUGUUUUAUUAUUUUAUCAUUGACUUUUCCUGUAGUAUUUUUCGAUAGAAGACUGUUUCUCCACUAAUUUCUUUCAUGUUUCUUUUUGUGGUAUCCACAUCUAAUGACAAAUCAGCAGUAAUAAUUUCUUGCUGAUUUAGUUGUUUCUGUAGUUCUUCACUUUCUUUUCUCAAAGUUUAAUAUUUCUUUUCUCUUGUUCUGAUAAUCUUUUCAGUUCCAAGAACUCUUCUAAUUUAUUUACUUUCUUUUCUAGUCUAGAGAAUUGGUUUUCAUCUAAAAAGUCAAUAAAUACAGAAUCUUUCUUUGGCUUAUCUCCCAUCCCAACUGAGAAUGUCAUUGCUUGUUCAACAUUGGACUGGGUAGUAGACUCAAGUUGCCAGUGGUAGUUACAACUAACUUUUUUCCUCAUAUGAUUUUUAUAUCUCCUUUAAACACAUAUUCUAGAAUACUUGAGACAUUGCAGUGACCAGUACUGUAAAGAUACACUUAGGUAUCUUGUGUUUUUGGAAGCUGUCUACCUGGAAAGACAGACAUGUCUGCCCCUGCCACCAGUGUGUGCCUGUGUGCUACAUUCAUCGAGAGUAAAAUCUUGUAUUUGCAUAUUUAUAUACAUUUGGUGGUGAUUAAUAGAAUAAUUAUUAUCUUCUAUUAUAGGCUUUCAGUGCUGCACUGUUUGCAGGAUAUUCAUUGUAGAUUUCAGAAAUAGAAAUGGCACAAACCUCUUAUUCAAUUAUUUAUUUUUAUCUAUAAAUCACCAUUUCCUUUAUUUAUAUGAAAUAUGAUAUGGAUGAUGGUUAAAAUGAUGAUGGAUGGUAGUUUAUAUGAAGAUAAGUGUUGAAGCUCUGAGAUAGUUAAUAUAUGAGCUUUAGUAAGUAUUCCAUAAGUUAUAUUCUGUCUGUCAGGUCUUGUACACUGUCCACAUGGAAGUGCUAACGUGGCUUGAAGCCACUAUAUCAUAUACUUCGUCUUAUCUUGUGCUAGUCAUUAUUAGCAGGUUACCGAAUUGUACUUGUGUGUAGUCUGUUCAUAAUUUCCUUUACUACUCACAAUUUCCUAUUUAGGAUAGUCCUUCAUUCACCUACUUACUGACACUACUUUCUACAUCAUAAGGUUGAAAAAACUUUAGCCAUUCUUGUAAUUCAGUGGUGCCAGGCUAGACCAGUGCUGUUUGCCUGUUUGCAAUCCUGAGUGUAUUCAAUUGUGUCUUUCUUACAUAUUCUUUUUUAGUUUUAGCCAUGCCAAAUUUUGUUUGGUCUCAUUAUAGUUUGCCUUAACCUAAUCACUUGUGUGUCAUGAAAGUAAACUUGCUUAUAAAAUCUGUUUUCAAAAAUCUAUUUUUUUUGCACUGAUACAUCUAUUUCAAACAGAUUACCACAAGCAAUUAGUCAAAACUGCACUUCUCAUUAUAGAAGUAGUUUUUUCUUAAACAUUCAUUUCACUGAUACUUUGGUAUUCACCAGUCAUCCAAUUGUGCUCACAAAAGACAUUCUUAGAAUGUUACCUUUACAUGCUGUAAUGUUUAAAGUAGUAGCAUUAUGCAGCAGUAUUUACUGUGAAUUUCUUCUUUACUCAGCAAAUUUAUUUUUAAGAAGAUGAAAUGCUUUCAUGCCAUUGAAAAUUCAGUGGCUGUGUAUAGAUGACAUUACUUGUUCCUGCAGUGUUUUCCAUGGGUGGACAUUAUCGCUAUAAUUUAUCAUGAUAACAAUAUCGGAUUAUCGGUUAUCUGAUGAUUAUUUUUCCCAUGUUAGUGAUUCAUCGAUAUCACUGAUACUUUUGGUUCCGAACUAGUGAUAAUUGAUGAUUUUAGUUUUUGGAACAUGAGCAUGUUCAAGUUAUAAACUUUCAAAAUCAAAUGUAGUUAUUUUACUUAAAACAGUACUUUUCAUUAGUGAAGAGAUAAGAUAAACCUUGAAUUUGAAAUUUUUGCUAAGAUUUGUCUAGGUUUUCUAAGAUAAAGAUAAAUAUAUAGAUUUGGAUUUAUCAAUUUUUUGUUUAAAACAUCAGUAUUGUUAUUGGUAGUAUCAGAAUUUUGAAUUUAUCAAUUAAUCGGUUAUCACCUUAUUGGGCAAUAGAUUUAUUGCCAGUUAUCGAUUAGGUUAUCAUUAUCGAUUUCUUGGGUAUUGUGAUAAAUUUUUUUGCUAUUGCUCCCCAGCUAUGGUGUUUUCUUACUUCAAAUGAAAAAAAGAUGUGUUACUGCCUUCAGUUCUUGGAUUCAACUUUGAGCUUGUGUGUGUGGGGCUGGAGGUAGUUGUGUACCAACAUGCUCCACUGUAAAUGGUGUUCGUUACACCUAAAGAUUAUUGUAUUUAGAUGCCUAGUUGUAGCUACCCUCUUUAAGUUAGAUGUCAGACUGCUACACAGACAAAUAGAUAGCUUUUAAGGUACUACCUGUCUGAGGAAGAUGAGUUCAUUUUCUUGUCUUACUGCUUCCCAGAGCUUAGAAAGGGAACCAUGACCACAUAGUAUUCUCUUGUUUGUUGGGCUCCUUUCCUAUCAUUAAUGGCUUAAAUCUUGCAAAUUUAUUUAACUUUAUGCUUAGUGAGUAAUUUUCUAAUGUCAUGAAAUUUGCUUGCCUAGAAAGCAAGCAUACAACCUCUUCAUCAAUACAUUGAGGGAAAGAAAUUCUCUUCAGUUUCUCACUCACACAAAGAUGAUAAUGUGAAGCUCCUUGCCAUACAAAUGAAAUAAUGGAGUACAUAUUUGACAGAUAUGAUUGGUUUCAUGGUUCACAGAUAUGCAGUGCUUGUAGAAUCUAGAAGAUUCUUUAUGUAUAUUUGUAUGCAUAAUGUGAGCUUAGUGUGGGCCUGUCAUAUCACCAAAGCACAAAUUAUAAAUAAAAUUAAGCGUAUAUUGUGAAACACAUACACACGUGCAAAGCUGCCUAUGGUUGUGGCACUUAUUAGGUCAUAUUUUAGAAUUAACAUAGAAAUUCUAAAAAGAUGUACUUUUGUUAAUUUUGAUUGACAAUUUUCAUCCAUUUUGAAUAUUAUGCAGUCAUGUUUUGUAUUUUUUAUAUUUAUGAAAUAUUUUAGGUCAUUCAUGAUGAUCUUGAAAAGUAUAAUAAGGUAUUCAAAUGUUUUCAUAACUCAAAUGAUAGAAAUUAUACAAAUAAACAUUUUAUAUUUUGUUUAAUUUUAAAACUGAAUACUGUAAUACAUUUAAGGUAGAUGGUUAGGGAUUUUUUUUUUUAUAUAGUGGGCACAUUUAUCAGUCCGGUUGAUAUAGAUAGGGAACUCUUUACUACCAUAUGACAAUAUGAUCAUAUCAGUGGACUGGCUUUGGAAGAUAAUGCCAGUGUCAUUUUCACAAAGUUUUAGUCAGAAUAACCCACCAAUUACUCUUCUGUCUUGCCUUUACUUUUUGCUAUUUCAAAAGUGCAUCAUACAUUAUUCUUAAGUUUUCCUGCAUUGUCUUCACUCAGCAGCUGCCAAUAGAAUACUCAUAUCCUGGAGUGCCAGAUUUUAUGAGGCAAAGGAGUAAGCUUUAACAGUGUGCUGUUCAGCACUAUCCCCAAACAUUUCAUGAAUUGCCAGAUGGAACACUCAAAGAGAAAAGCAUGUGCAUCAUUUGAAGUGAUAGACAUUAAACAUACCGUUGCUUGCUUGUGUGCUAAGGCUUACAUUUAUAGAAUUAUAAGCAUUUGUUUUAAGUUGUUUGUUUAUGUAUGCUAUGAAUCUCAACAAUUAUACUGUCCAUAGUUUUUAAGGAAGGAGUUAAAAAUCAAAUUUAUCACACAAAGGGAGCAGUUGUCUGUACCUGUAAAGUACCUACUCUGUUUAUGGCUUUUUUCAAAGUUUCAUUCCACAUUCCUGCUUCUACUUCAUUCCUCCUGUGGUAGGACUACACAGUCUGGCCACACACUUCACUGCUGAGCUGGAAUAAUAAUGAUAAUAAUGUGCAUCAUAAAAGACAAUUGAAUGGAACAGAAUAAAGGAAUGCUAAUCAACCUUCCUAUGUAAUUUUUUUCUUACAAUGAGAUCAUGCUGCUAUCCUUUGAGGAAAAUCACAGUUUAGUACAGUGGUUCUCAACCUGGGGGAAGCGGACACUCUCCACAGGAGGGGCGCAAGCACAGAACAGAAAGGGGGGGAAAAAUAAAAUAAUAAUAAUAAUCAUAAUCAUAAUAAUAAUAGUGUGGGCCAGUACAAUAAUAGCCUAGCCAAGGGCUAUCUAUCUAUCUAUCUAUCUAUCUAUCUGAUUCUAUCUAUCCAUCUAUGGUGGCAUAGUCAGGGAGGAGAUGGAGUGGGUAACAGGGAGGAGAGGGGCCCCAGUUGCAUUGAACCAGCUUUGGGGGGGACCCAGCUUGCAAAAAGUUGAGAAUCCCUGCAUAGACAGACAGAGUUAUGUUGGAUGAAGAAUAUAUGCUAUACUUAUUUACUUAUAAUCUUGAUAAAUGUAGCCUUAAAAACUUAACCAGAAAUAUCCAAACCAUCAGCAAUGAAUAUUUGAAAGGAUGCUAUUAGCUUAACUAUCUAACACAUACUUAUACUUGAUAUUCUUCCUAAAUUGAUAUUCUUCCUAAAGAAGACUUCUUAUACAAGUAAAAAUAUAGAAAAUGUAUCUAUAAUUCUUUCACUCCAGCCCACUCAGUUGCUCCAUGCAGCCCACAAGGAAUAUGAUGGCAGUAUUCUUCCAGCUCUGUCAUGGAGUGUGUUAGGCUUUCUUCUUCCACAUGCUCUUUUAAUUAUGUACCUUUAUAUUUUAAGACAAUUACUCAGUAGUUAUUUUUUUACAUCUAUAUUUUUUUUUUUUUGUAUAAGCAUCUCUGAUUUCUGCUUUUCUAGUUUAGUUCCAAAGAUUCAUCCAGUGUGUAUUGUAAAGAGAUGAGCAAGAAGCAGGUAGGAUGAACAACUGAUUUGUGUAUUUAGAUGAAUUCAUUUUAUUAUGGAAAAAGGUUAUGCUUCAAUAAAACUUUAAGGGAGAUUAGUAUGAAUAAAGCUCUCAACUCGGAA